UCCAGUGCCACGGCCCUGCCAUCAUUGGAGCCCUGCUGCAGAAGGUCUCCAGCCAAGCGAUGGACAUGAAUGUGCUAAUGGCCUCCCGGAUUCUGAUGGAGCAGGUGGCCUCGGAGGGGCACAGCCUCCUGCUGCAUCUUCUCUACCAGGCCCUGCUCUUCGACUUCCGCAUCUGGACCAACAGUGACUUCGCUGUCCGGCUGGGUCACAUCCAGUAUCUGUCGGACAUAAUUAAGGACCACAAGCAAAGGAUACGGAAGAAAUAUGGGGUGCAGUACAUCCUAGAUUCUAUCAGGACAUAUUAUGGAAUGUACAAGGAGAAGCCCAUUGCCACUGAUGACCUCCGGACAGUACAAACAUCCCUCUUCAGCCUGAUCAAGGACUUCUUCUGCAGAAAUAUCACCAGUGAUGAGAUGCACAGCACCAUGAACUAUCUGGCAGCUGUAAAUGAUGAGCAUCAGGUAUGUGGGGUGCUGGAAGUGAUCCACAGCCUGCAGAAGAGCUCCCCAUGCCAGGAGCAGCUCUUCACUUUCCUGUUUGAGCCAGGAAAUGUGGAGAUCCUGUUCUCGCUGCUCAUUCAGCGGAAGUUCUCAGAUGAAGUGCGGGAGAGGAUCUUCAAGAUUAUGUACAAGCUGCUGAAGUACGAGAAGGUGAAUGAACGGAGCAAGCACCGCCUGAAGCUGAAGGACAUAGGCUACCACGGCUUCAUCUCAUACUUGAACGACAUCCCUGUUUCCAUACUGUUCUUCCGGUGCCUUUUGGAGCAAGUCCUUGGAGCAGAUUCUCCAAACUACAAGGAUUUGAUGGCUGUAGUUUACCUCUCCCACCGGGCAGAUUUGACAGUCAGGCUGGACAUCUGCAGGAAG